AUGUCUUCUUCUUUUAAUACAGACGGAGCACCCAGCGGCCUGGAGAGUCACCCUCUGCAGCUGGACACAGCGAGCAGCCCGGGGAGCCUGCCCCCCCUCAGUGCUGCUAACACUGAGCUGAAGAAAGCCGCUCCUGAGGGGGGGGCUGCAGGGAGCCACGGGACGUGUCUGACCCUUAAUGACCACGGCCACAUCAGACAGUUCAUCCAAGAGUUUACCUUCAGGGGCCUGCUGCCUCACAUCGAGAAGAACAUCAGACAGCUCAACGACCAGCUGGUCUCCAGGAAAGGUCUGAGCCGCUCUCUGUUCACUGCCACAAAGAAGUGGUUUGGAGGAGGGAAAGCUCCAGAGAAGAGCAUCAGUGAACCAAAGAGCACAUGUGGCCUGCUAUAUCCCCCAGAAGCCCCAGAGCUGCAGAUCAGGAAGAUGGCCGACUUGUGUUUCCUGGUCCAGCACUAUGAGCUGGCCUACAGCUGUUACCACACUGCCAAAAAAGACUUCCUGUCGGAUCAGGCCAUGCUGUAUGCUGCCGGGGCUCUGGAAAUGGCUGCAGUGUCAGCCUUUCUGCAGGCAGGAGCUCCCAGACCGUAUCCAGCACACUACAUGGACACGGCCAUACAGACGUACAGAGAUGUCUGCAAGUAAGACCUGUUACACAAUGUUUGUCUGCCCUCUCACUGUUUGACUGUAAUGCA